AUGCUUAGACAUUUAGUGAAAUCAUAUCUGCUGUUUCAUUGCUUGUUUGCAAUCAAAAAGUUUGAUAACUUUAAUGAAGAUAAUAAAGACGAUGUCCUUGACUUAAUUAAAACUGCUGGUUAUAAAGCAGAAGCACAUUUAGUUGUUACUGAAGACGGAUAUGUGUUGAAAGUUCACAGAAUUCUUCCGAAAGUGAAAGGAAAUAACAUCAAACAUCCCGUGUUUCUGAUGCACGGGUUGUUAGCGGCUUCAGCUGAUUAUAUUAUAACUGGACCUCAAACUGCACUUGCUUUUCUAUUGUCAGACGCAGGUUAUGAUGUUUUCAUGGGAAAUGCUCGAGGGAAUAAACAUUCGACUCGACAUAAAACUUUUUCAACAAACUCAAAGCAAUUUUGGAAGUUUAGUUGGCACGAAAUUGGAUUUUAUGAUCUUCCAGCAAUGAUUGAUUUCGUCUUAAACUUUACGAGAUCAAAACAAUUGUUUUAUGUUGGUCAUUCUCAAGGAACAACUUCACUUCUAGUUUUACUAUCAAGUCGUCCACAGUAUAAUGAAAAAAUCAUUCAAGCACAUUUAAUGGCUGUUUCUGCUUAUCGUAAUGCACUUCCCGAAUCACUUUUUAAGAUUCAAGAGUUUCAGACUUUGUUUUCAUCUAAUGAAACAGGUUUCUUUGAUUUCACGCCACUUUUCCACAUGGGACAGGUAUUUAGUGAUAUCAUGUGUACAGAGAAGGAUAAAAAGAAUUUGGAAUUCUGCUUGAAAUUGGUGUUUCAACUUGUUGGAAAGAAUGAGAAAAGAAUUGAAAUUGACACUAAAGUUCUACCGAAACUAUUGCAACACUUUUCACCGAAAAUUAGUGUAAUGCAAAUGGAACAUUACAUUCAGCUGACAAAAAGUGGAAAGUUUGUUCAGUACGAUUAUGGGGAAGACAAUUUGCUUCAUUACAACACAACAUCACCGCCAGGUUACGAUUUGAAAAAAGUUGUAGCAAAUAUUUAUCUCUACCACGCUGCACAUGAUUUACUUGUGCCAAUAUCAGUGAGAAAACUCAGUGUACAACAGUUAUUAGAACAAAGAAUGUCUUCUUGUUUGGAAAAGUGCAACGAGUUUGCUCGUACACCAACCGCACGAAUAAUAUUUUGGGUUGUCAUUUUAUUGUCAUCUUGUCUUUUUAUUUAUCGUCUUGCAACCACUGGAAAUACUAAUGAAAGAUUGCUUAAAGUAAUCUCUGAUAAAUCAUCUGACGAUGGAGCAUUAAUAACUUUUUCAAAGAACUCAGAAAACUCCUACACAAAGAAAAUCAAGGAAUUCUUAGCUCCUUACAAGACGCCUUCUCCUAGCCGACAAACGUGUGGCUAUGAAUUGCCACCUACAGAAGGAAAAUCAUGUGAUGUCGAUUUAAAAUUAUUUUCGCCGUGCUUGGAUGAACACAAACCUUGUGUCUUCAUUAAACUUGGUGAAAAAGAUUGGAAAAAUGAAUUUUACAACGUUACUGAUCUUCCCAUCGAUAUGCCGAAGGAUCUUAAAGAAUACAUUACAGAAUUCAAAAGAAUCUACAAAAACAUUGAAGUCGCUGGAGUUUCUUGUAGUGGAGAUGGUCCAUUUGAUAUAGAACAUAUUGAAAAAAUGACUUAUAUACCAUCAAUGGCUUUUCAUUUCUAUAAUAACUCUGGAAAGAUUCAACCAAUUGAACCAAUAAUUGCUUUGCAAUUGGAAAAAAAUAAACCUGGAGUCGUAAUCUUUUUAAAAUGUAUGUUGUGGACUCGUAUUCCGGAAACAUUUAUGUUCCAAGUUUUGGUCGAUUAUUAAAAUGUGACAAAGAUCUGAUAAACAAUGAAUACGCAAUUAAAGUUAUUACAAUGAAAAUCUCAAUGACAUAACACUGUACCUGCAGGUAAAAAAUAAUCUCAAAGUAAAAGAUUUUAAAGUUCUUUUUCAUAAACUUUCUACCUCAUCUUUAUACCUACCGAUGAUAUGGCAAAUAACUUAACAAUGUUUGUUUGUUUGUAACAAACCAAUUAAUCCGUCAUUUGGUAAUUAUUUUACUAAAAAUUUACAACUUAAUUAAGUGUGAACUUCUUAGCAGAUAGAAUGCCUAUUGUGUGUCUUUACUUCUGUUAUUAAAUAUAUGAAAACAUAAUAUUUUUAAAUAAAGUAAUAUUUGUUUUAAGCAAAAAUCAAA